AUCCAACGACUAUCACCUCAACUCUCUCAGCCAACCUCUCUUCAUCUUCUCCUCUUCAUUAUUAUCAACUCUUCACAAAACAAUCCGAAAAAAAUGCAAUUCCUCACCCUCCUCGCCGCCGCCUCGGCCCUCCUCACCUCUACCAACGCCCUCUUCAUCCCCCGCAACGCCCACGUCGCCGACUUCCGCCUCUACAGUGCCGAGGGCUGCCACGACGGCAACCUCGGCGUCUGGACCGUCAUUGACGACGACUUUGCCAACGGCGAGUGCAAGGGCCUCAACGGCGCGGAGCCGCUGUCGCUGAGCCUGACGGACAUUAACAACGGCUGCACCUUCACGGCUUAUACCGACGACAAGUGCACCGCUGGCGAAACGAACCUCGCUACGGGCCAGUGCUUCAACAGCGCCGACGGCUGGAAAGCCUGGAGCAUGAAGUGCGACUAACAAGGACUAAGGAAUCCUAAGGAUCAAAAAAGUCGGGGCUCCAUACUCGCCUCCUUUUUCCUUGCAUUGAUCCAUCGAUCCAUCGUUGCAUCCUUCAGUUUUGUCUGCUUCACCGCAAGUCUG